AUGUCAGACGAUGAAACUUAUGAUAUUGCAGGAUCACUUGCAUUGAAAGAUGAAGAUGAUUAUUCUGAUAGUUCUUCUAAUGAAGAUGAAGGUUUCCAAGACGAAAUAAUAUCUCUGGAUGAUGAUGAUGAUGAUGAUGAAAAAGAAUCUUCACCACCACCAAAAAAGAAAUCUAAACCAAAUCCACAAGCUUUCCCAUCUUUAGAACUUUCUGACAACGAAAAUAACAAUGAUGAUGAUGAUGAUGAUGAUGAUGAUGAUUCUCAUAUUAAUAGUUAUUUUAUCAACAAUAAUCCUACUGCUAAAAAGGCUAAAGCAGGUUCAUUUGCCUCAUUUGGUUUGACAAAAUUUAUAUUGACAAAUAUUGCUAAAAAAGGGUAUAAACAACCAACUCCAAUUCAAAGGAAAACAAUCCCACUUAUUAUGGAAGGAAGAGAUGUUGUUGGUAUGGCACGUACUGGUUCUGGUAAGACUGCAGCAUUUGUAUUACCUUUAAUAGAAAGAUUAAAACUGCGUCAACUUGGUGGUGUUAGAGCGGUAAUCUUAUCUCCAUCAAGAGAAUUGGCAUUACAAACUUAUAAACAAGUAAAAGAAUUUAGUCAUGGAACUAAUUUACAAUCAAUUGUUUUAAUUGGUGGGGAUUCAUUAGAAGAAGAUUUUUCCAAAAUGAUGACAAAACCAGAUAUAAUUGUUUGUACUCCAGGAAGAUUUUUACAUUUAAAAGUAGAAAUGCAAUAUGAUUUAAUGACAAUUCAAUAUAUUGUAUUUGAUGAAGCAGAUAGAUUAUUUGAAAUGGGAUUUGCUGAACAAUUAAAUGAAUUAUUGAUAUCAUUACCAAGUAAUCGUCAAUCAUUAUUGUUUUCCGCUACUUUACCAAGAUCAUUAGUAGAUUUUGCCAAAGCAGGAUUAACCAAUCCAGUUUUAGUUAGAUUGGAUUCUGAAUCAAAAAUAUCAGAUCAAUUACAAAUGGCAUAUUUUACUACUAAGAAAAAUGAACGUGAAGCAAAUUUAUUAUAUAUUUUACAAGAAGUUAUCAAAAUGCCAUUAGGUACUCAAGAACAAAUUCAAAAAUUAAAAGAUAUGGAUAAAAGAAAAGUUGAUUCUGAUGAUGAUUCAGAUGAUGAUGAUGACAACAACAACAAUGAAAAUGGUGAACGGAAAAAGGGUAAAAAAAGAUACAAAUUUAAAAAGGAAAGAUUACCUCCAGCUAAUCAAUUACCAUCACCACAUUCUACUAUUAUAUUUGUACCAACCAAACAUCAUGUUGAAUACGUUACUAAAUUGCUUAGAGAUGCCGGAUAUUUGGUUUCUUACAUUUAUGGUACUUUAGAUCAACAUGCCAGAAAAAAUCAAUUAUAUCAAUUUAGAAUAGGAUUAACUAAUAUAUUGGUAGUCACUGAUGUUGCUGCUAGAGGUAUUGAUAUUCCUGUUUUGGCCAAUGUAAUAAAUUUCACAUUACCAGCAUCAUCGAAAAUUUUCAUUCAUAGAGUUGGUAGAACUGCAAGAGCUGGUAAUAAAGGUUGGGCAUAUUCAAUAAUUAAUGAAAAAGAAUUACCUUAUUUAUUGGAUUUGGAAUUAUUUUUAGGUAAAAAAAUUUUACUUACAUCAAUGCAUGAAGCAAAAUUAGAAAUGUUGAAAAAAACUCUGAUUAAAGGUAAAUUUAUACCACCAAUUGUGAAUUAUACUGAAAGAUUAGUUUUAGGUUCAAUUCCUAGAAUAGAUCUUGAAAUUUUCCAAGAACUUUAUGAAAAUUUAUUAAGAAAUAAUUAUGAAAUUAAAGUUUUAAAAGAUGUUGCCAUAAAGGGGGAAAAACUUUAUCAUCGAACAAGACAACCUGCAUCUCAAGAAUCAUUAAAAAGAAGUAAAGAAAUUAUAGAUAAUUCUUGGGAUGAUCAACAUUUAUUAUUUGGAGAAAAUUUAGAAAAACAAAAACAUGAAUUUUUAAUCAAAUUACAAGAUAGAAAUUUUAAACAAACUGUAUUUGAACUUAAAGGUAAUGAUGAAAAACUUGUUGAAUUUAUGAAUAAAAGAAGACGUCAAUUAGCUCCUAUUCAACGGAAAGCCAAAGAACGUAAAGAAUUAUUGGCUAAAGAAAGAUUAGCUGGAUUAACUCAUGGUAUUGAAGAUGAAAUAUUACGAGCUGAUGGUGAAAAUGGUUAUGGAGUUGAUGAAGAUGAAUUACAAAAAACUUUUGAAGAUAUUGAUAAAAAAAAAAAAAAAUCAUUUAGAGAUCCACAAUUUUUCCUUAAUCAUUAUGCACCAGCUUCAAUUAUUCAAGAUCAACAAUUAUCUCUUAAUUCUUCUUUUGCUAAUGAAGCUCAACAAGCUACAUUUGAUUUGGAUAAUGAUGAUAAUAAUAAAUUACAAACCAAUAAACAAAUAAUGAAAUGGGAUAAAAAGAAAAGUAAAUAUAUUAAUUCAAAAUCUACUGAUAAAAAAUAUAUUAUUUCUGAAAAUGGAACAAAAAUCCCUGCUUCAUUUAGAUCAGGGAAAUUUGAUGAAUGGAAGAAACAAAGAAAUCUUAAAUCAACAAGUAUUAUUGAAAAAAACAAUUCUAAUAAUUCUAAUAAUAAAAGAUUCAAACAUAAUCAACAAAAAGCACCUAAAUUACCAGAUAAAUUUAGAGAUGAUUAUCAUAAACAAAAGAAAAAAAUUGAAAAAGCUAUUGAAUCAGGUAUUAAUGUUAAAGGUUUUUAUAAACCUCAACAAGAAAUUAAAUCUACUGAACAAAUUAGAAAGGAUAGAUUACUUAAAGAAAAGAGAAGAGCUAAAAAUGCUCGUCCAAGUAAGAAAAGAAAAUAG